AAAUCUUCGCCCCUGAAGGCGAAGGUAAUGCACACGUACGCCCUCGCGGAAUGUGUGCGAUCACGUAGAUAAGGGACACUGACGGGGCGAUACAUAAGUAUUGCUUCUGUUGUCCUUUGCUCAGUAUAUCUCAUACUACCGUCGGGAAACAACUAUUCACUCGGGGACGAUUCAUUCGUACAAAUUUUUUCUCCAACGGUUCGAAACGGAAAAAAAAAGAAAGAAAUCAAAUAAAACAUACGCGCCCGCGUACGUGGUAAACUUUACCAUUCGAUCUCGCGCUCCGCUCUUCUUCGUUUCAAUCUAGCAGAUCGGUCGUAACGGAUUACGACCAUCGACGCAACGAUUUAAAGGCAAAAUAGUGAAUUAAACUUUAUUGAAAAAUAUUUCAAACUCAAAGAUAUUGUGAAAGCUCGUCAAGUCGAUGAUGGCAGCGGAUGGCAAUGCGUGAAUGAUCGAUCCAAGUGAAUCUGAAAAGUAACAUUCCACCUCUCGUGGAAUUAAAACGUAACUAACGAUCCAUCAUGAUUCGCUAUGUAAAAACGUACUCGAGAGGAUUAAAUGGACGAGGCUUUUUCCAAGUGUCUUCGCUCGUACCUCCGUAGAUGAGGGACGUACGUCCCGAGGACAAAGGCUAACCACUAAACCCUUGAUCACCGCGUGAUUCUUUCUUCGAGCAAGGUUGAUUCGUGCUCCUUUCAUAAUUAAAUGACUGUUGAACGAAUGCAAGGCUACCGGCAAAGCGCGAUUAUUUAAGCUAUCGACACUGAUCGAUACACUCGUUUUCUCGUGAUUAACUAUCAGGCGCGAUCGAGAAAGUUUCGUUGGAAGUGCCCGGUAAUAUUUCGACGGAUAUCUAAAGGAUAGAUGAUUCUUUUGAGUGAAUAAUCGAUGAAUAAUCGUUGGAAGAAUUAUCAAUAGUUGUGAAACAUCGUUUCCGAGAGAAAAAUAUGUUACUGAACCAAUCGACGCUCCGAACACUGUCCAUCGAAAGUCUUCCGGUCUUCGCGAAUGUAUGUUAUUAAAAGAAACACGAAGAGUCAUCAACAUGGAUGAUAACAAGCAGCAAGUAGACGAUGACAGCCAGGUAUACUUAGAACCGUUCGAAAAAUCGGUUUUGCAUCCCGCGCACGUGAGAAUAUUUCUCAUACAAAACCACAAUGGAAGGCCCAACAGUUGGGGCAAUUUUCUUCGUCCCGAUGAUAACAGCCCGGUCGAGCACCAAUUCAAUGACGAGAAAUCGAGUGGCUCCAGAACCAGCUCUCGCGCGUCCUCGGCCAGAUCGACCAAGGGCUCUCACAGAGGAGUCAAGGGGGGAGUCUACGCGAAUCGAGAUGUCAUUUACGAGCCUGACAAAAAUGGCUCGCUAGCCGGCGAAACGCCGGCGAGUAUCAGGAGAAAAUUGUCGAGAGCCAGCGUAUACCCAUCCGGAACGAAUCUGAUCGCGCAGGAUGCCUUCGGUCCCAAACUCACGGCACCCGCUACUCCGGAAAUCAAUCCUUCGCUACCGGAUACACCAGUUUCGUUGGAUUUCGUCGAAGGCAACGCCGGAGAUUCAUUGCCGUCGAAAGAUACGGGAAUCGAUCCCGAGCUACUUUAUUUUCGCGACGGUCAUCGAAGAAUAGACAUGGUAUUAGUCUAUCAGGAAGAGAACGAAGGGGUCAUGACCGAAUUAGAAGCUCGUCGGCGAGAGCAGAGACGAGUGUUUCAACAAAAUCUUUUGAAAGAAGGUCUGCAACUGGAGCUCGAGCCGAAGGAGAACUCGUUCGAUGGGAAAACUAACUUUUUGAAAUUACAUAUACCUUGGAAAGUCAAGGUGCAAUACGCCGAAAUAAUGAGUUUAAAACUACCUACCAAGAGAUUCAAAACGAUUCCUAUGAAAACAUGGGAUGCAGACGAUGCCAAAGAACUAUCCAAAUUUUGGGCGCGAUGGAUGCGAUGGACCAAAUGGUUUCGUAAAAUACAUACUUGGGAUACGUCGAAAUAUCCCGAGGAACCACAUUUUUAUGAUUACAUAGAUUCCAGCGAUCGUGAAGAAAGAUUUAUCGUUAAGGAAAGAGAUAAUUGUUACACGCCUGCCCAGAGAUCGUUAAUAGUGAUGCAAAUAUUAUUGCGAGCGAGAUACGACGAGAAUCAUGAGAAAUCUGGUAUUCGCAGGCUUUUAGCCGAUGGAACGUAUCUCGAUUGUUUUCCUUUGCACGAGGGUCCUUAUAAUAAACCCAUGCGCAGCGGAGAGAUUCUCGAUAGAUACUUGUUGUACUUGAUAUGGGCGAGACCCUCCCAAUGGUAUAAAAAACAGCCAUUGUGGUUAAUAAGAAGAUACUUUGGCGAGAAAGUCGCUCUUUACUUUGCCUGGCUAGGAUUCUACACGAAAAGCUUAUAUGCACCAGCAGUGGUAGGACUUUUAUGUUUCAUUUACGGUCUUUUAAGCAUGGACAGCGUAGACAAUGUUCCUAGCAAGGAAAUAUGCGAUCCUAAUUUAGCUGGAAAUAUCACUCUAUGUCCUAUUUGCGAUAGAGCGUGUACCUAUCAAAAACUCGGCGACUCUUGUCUAUUCUCAAAAUUGACUUACUUAUUUGACAAUCCCGGGACUGUCUUCUUCGCUAUUUUUAUGUCUUUUUGGGCUACGACAUUCCUCGAGCUAUGGAAACGACGACAAGCCGUGCUCGUUUGGGAAUGGGAUCUUCAAAACGCCGAUUACAACGAAGAGCCUAGACCUGAAUUCGAGACGUCCGUUAAAACGUUUCGAAUAAAUCCCGUGACGAAGGAAAAAGAACCGUAUUUGCCCGUGUGGUCUAAAUUCAUCCGAAAUUUGGCUACUGGAUCGAUAGUAUUUUUUAUGAUAUGCGUAGUCCUCGGGGCGGUUUUAGGGACGAUCGUAUAUCGCAUUUCGUUGGUUGCUAUCUUUUACGGUGGAGGUGGUAGUUUUUUAAAAAGGCACGCAAAGAUAUUCACUUCCAUGACCGCUGCCCUCAUUAACUUGGUGAUAAUCAUGAUACUUACGCGAAUCUAUCAUCGGUUGGCUCGUUGGAUGGUCAAUAUGGAAAAUCCGAGAACGCAGACGGAAUACGAAGCCAGUUAUACGUUUAAAAUCUUUUUAUUCGAGUUUGUCAACUUUUACUCUUCUUUGAUUUACAUCGCUUUUUUUAAGGGAAGAUUUUUCGUUCAUCCUGGCGAUGCACAAGCGCGAGACUCAGAGUUUUAUCGUAUUAAAACGGACGUUUGCGAUCCUGCUGGUUGCCUUUCCGAAGUCUGUAUUCAACUUGCGAUUAUAAUGGUCGGUAAACAAUGCUUUAAUAACAUUGUCGAAAUUUUAUCACCGAAAUUGUGGAAUUGGUGGCGCAAGAGAACGCAUGUCGCGGCGACGAAAGACCACGGUAGAAGAUACACGUGUUGGGAGAAAGAUUAUCAACUUCAAGACCCGGGAAGAUUAGCUUUAUUCGACGAAUAUUUAGAAAUGAUACUGCAGUAUGGAUUUGUAACAUUAUUCGUGGCAGCGUUCCCCUUAGCACCUCUAUUCGCUUUAUUGAAUAAUAUCGCUGAGAUAAGAUUGGACGCGUACAAAAUGGUCUCGGAGGCUCGAAGACCUUUAGCCGAGCGAGUAGAGGAUAUUGGUGCUUGGUUUGGUAUUCUUAGGGGUGUAACUUACGUGGCGGUAGUAUCAAAUGCCUUCGUUAUCGCGUACACAUCCGACUUUAUUCCACGUAGCGUGUACGCAUUCGUUUAUUCGCCCCACGAAGAUUUGGUGGGUUACAUCGAUAGCUCCCUGUCAGAAUUCAAUACUUCCGAUUAUCGCGAUGAUAUGAAGAGCGACGUAGAAGCUAAACAUCCGGAAACGUGUCAGUACAGAGGCUACAGAAACGGUCCGGAUCACAUCGAUCCUUACGGACUUAGUCCGCAGUACUGGCAUGUUUUCGCCGCGCGUCUAGCAUUUGUCGUUGUCUUCGAACACUUUGUUUUCGCAAUUACCGGUAUUAUGAGCUACGCAAUACCAGCUGUACCACAUUCUCUGACAACUCAGAUACAACGCGAACAAUUGAUCGCUCAAGAAGAAAAAUAUGAAAAGGAAAUAAGGGGAAAAGAGGAUGAAGAUGAUUUACUUUCGGUUUUGAGGGAAGCCGGAAGCAUCGGUAGAGGAAGCUGGGCCAGACGAUUCAGUAAAUUGAGCGACGCUUUAGAUACUCACGCUGACAUUAGGCAUAGUAAACGCAGCGAUAGCUCCACAGUAUGGCAAGUGCCGUAAAAUCGAACAUUACCUUUUUAUUAUUGUUCAUUCCACUCAUAAAAUUCGAGGUCAUAUAAGAUUAAUAAGGAAAAAAAGCCAAAUGUUCUGUCUAUUGUGUAAACAUUAACUAUUCUCAGUAUCAUUUCCAAAUAACUCAUAAGUACCAGUUUUAUAAUAAACUUACAUUUGCGCUUUUCAACAAUUUCGACCCUAAUUAUCAGAUGCACUGUAAAAAACGCAGAUAUAAGGUAAAAGUUACAAAUACUGUUACACAAUAUACUUUUUUAUUUUACAUAAUGCCAUAUUUUUUUCCUAGAAAUUAUUACAAUCUAUAUUAUGUAUGUAUAUAUAUAUAUGUAUAUAGAAUAUAUUUAUAAUAAUA